AAGGAGGACAGAAGAAGAAAAUUUAAAAAUAUAACCUAACUAAAAUCAGAUUUGAUUUUUGAAUGUUUUUGAAAUAUCAAAUACGAGGAUGUUUGAAGUAGAUGAUACAGUAUUUACAAAAAAUAUAGCCUAUGAUUAUACUUCAAUAGAAUCUAUACCAGCAAUAGAAGCUUCCGAUUUGUCUUACUCAUCAUUUUUUAAUGAUUUCAUGUUACUUAAUUUACCUUGUAUCAUUAAAGGUAUCACCAAGAAUUGGCAAUGUUUAAAAUGUUGGAUAACCGAAAAUAAUGGCCUAAAUUUUGAAUACUUAGAGGAACACUAUGGAAUGGACAUGGUACAAGUUUAUAAUUGCAAGGAACGGUUUUAUAAUACCCAGAAAAGCUACAGUUGUUGUUUUAGUGAUUAUAUAAAUAAUAUUAAAGACAAGCCAAACGUAUUAAUAAAUACCUCUUACGAAUAUGUAAAGAAUUGGCACUUACAACUUAAUCAUCCCGAGGAGAGGUUUUAUGAAGUCCCUAUUUACUUUGCCUCAGAUUGGUUGAAUGAGUAUUAUGUUAAUUGUAUGGAUGAUGAUUAUCGAUUUGUUUAUAUGGGUUCAAAUGGAACAUGGACACCGUUUCAUGCUGAUGUAUUCUCUUCAUACAGCUGGUCAGCAAAUGUUUUUGGUAAAAAAAGAUGGUUAAUUUUUCCUCCUGGUAAUGAAGAGAUAUUAAGAAACUCUCUUGGAGAUCUACCAUAUGAUGUCGAAGGAAAAGAAAGUAUUUCGAUUGCAAGAGACUGUAUGUCGAUUAGAACAGAAAGUAUUUCAAUUGCAAAAGAAAGUAUUUCGACUGCAAAAGAAAGUAUUUCAAGUAGAAAAGAAAGUAUGUUGAUUAGAAGUGGUCAUUCAAGUGACACUGAUAAACAAUGCAUAGAAGUGGUUCAGAAUCCAGGUGAAGCUAUCUUUAUACCAUCUGGAUGGUAUCACCAAGUCCAAAACAUAUCUUACGCUAUAUCUGUGAAUCACAAUUGGGUCAAUGGUUGUAAUAUUAACAUGAUGUAUGAAUCUUUACUUAGAGCAUUAAAUGAUGUGAAGGAAGAAAUUAAAGAUUAUAGUGAAAUGGAUGAUUUUGAGCAACAUUGUCAGCUGAUGCUGAAUGCCCAUUUUGGAAUGAACUUUGAACAAUUCUAUAAGUUUUUGCUGUAUAUUGCUUCGAAACGAAUGGAAAUGCUUCAGGAACUCUGUCCAAAAACUCUAUUCCACGGCCAGGAAAUCGGUACAAAUCACAUUCUAUUUGAUUUACAAUCUUUGAAAACUGUGUUGGAAAAAUUUAUAACUUUGGACGAAAUUAAAGUAUUGGAUUUCUUUUCAACUGUGUCUCCUCGGCCUCACGAUUUAUUUGAUGAAGUAUCGCUUAUUUUAGAAAUACACUCCAUAUUCACAAAUCUUGGAUCGAAAUAAAAAUUCAGAAAUCGGUCCUUUAGUUUUGUGUCCGUCCAUGAUUAGUGAGGCCAAAACUGUAAGAGAUACAGGAAUACCGACGAUGAAUUAUUAUUCAGCAAUAAAAGUUACGUGGAGAAAAAUUAUGAAACCAGAAUUUUUUGUAUCGGUUCAGAGGAAACUAGAAUUAGACCAAUUUAUGUGUCUAUUAUGACAGCUUUGAAUUCUCCAAUACAAUUUUUAAAUAAUA